AUGACACGCAUGAACGGUACAAUCCCGCCUAAUCUUAUUGUUGCGGAUUGGAAAUUAUACGAAAAUGUACUCCCCUUUAUAAAGAGCAGCGAAUGUACGGCUCUUCAAAGAUUUAAUAGGAAUUCCAAGGAAGUGAGCAAGGAAGUUGCUGCUAAUGAAACCAAGGCACUCGAAGCGGCUUUCUGGGAGGGUUGGUACAUGACGCGCCUGAACGGUACAAUUCCACCUAACCUUAUUGUUGCGGAUAGGAAAGUGUAUAAAACUGUGCUUCCCUUCAUAAAGGUAGCAUUUGGAGGGAACAAAUAUGUUGGCUGCGCUGUUAAAGAUUGUGACGAUAAGUGGCUAGUAACCUGCGACUAUGGACUUGUGUAA